AUGCCGUUUGCCUAUCGUCUGGAAAAAUUCAACUUUCACAGUUUUGAUACUGAAAGAGAGUCAAUCGGAAAGCUUCUUCCUCCUCAGGCUGAUGCUCUUAAAAGUCUCGAAGAAUUCUUCCAUCAAAACCCUGUGGGGCUAACUGCUAUGAUUUCCAUGCCGACAGGAUCUGGUAAAAGCGAUGUGAUAAGUUGUCUACCGUACUUUUUAGGCAAAACUGGGUUAACUCCACCCCCCGAGGAUGGUGCUCCUCCGUACGGAAGUCCACUUCAUCCAUUUGAUAAGCCCGUGCUGGUUAUUGCGCCAGAUCUGGAGAUUGCAAAGCAACUAGAGGGAUCUUUGCUGCGGGUGCGGGAAGGAGAACAUGAGGAUAACUUUCUGCUGCGAAGAGGGAUAGUGCCCAAAGAGCAUGCUCGAGGAGUCCUUCCAGUAGGAAAGAAGAUCCAGGAAACAUUCGAGGUCACGCAACCCAACAUAUUAAAAGGAAACGAGAUUCUAAUCGCUAACGCCCAGAAGUUUCUAGGGAAAGACUGGGAAGAAUGUUUACCUGACAACCUAUUUCGACUUAUCAUCGUCGAUGAAGCGCAUCAUCACCCCGCUAAAACAUGGCGUCGAAUCGUGAACCACUUCAAGGACCGUGCAAUGGUAGUCUUUUUCACUGCAACUCCUUUCAGAGGUGAUGGGGACCUUGUCCUAAAGGAGGGAGAAGGGAAGAUCAUAUAUCACCUGUCACUUGAAGAGGCACGGGCUCAGAGAAUCAUACGUCGUACUGACUUCGAUGAGGUCAACGGUGACGAUAAGACCCACCCUGAGGAUGAGAUCUGCAAUGACCUCGACAAAAUCUACAGAGGAAUCCUUCGGACAGUACAUGCAAUUCAGGAAGAAAGAGACGAAAACCAUCCUCUACCUGAUCGUACCCCACACAUGGCCAUCGCUAUUACGAAGGAUACUGCAGAAGCAGUCCGCGUGGUAAAUGCAGCCCAUAAAAUUUGGAAAUGUCCUCGUGAACAAAUAACCGUGUACUAUUCAAAAAUGUCAGAGCAUACAAGACGAGCGAUUAUGACAGCAAUUCGAGCAAACCGAAUAAAGCUUGUGGUUGUGGUGUCUAUGCUUCUUGAGGGUUUUGAUCACCCACCAAUAAGCAUAGCCGCCAUAAUGACGAGGAUUGUCUCCACUGUGAAGUUUGUGCAGUUCAUUGGAAGGGCACAAAGAAUUGUUCGUGGUAAAGAUCGUGAGCCGGAGUCUGAAAAUAUAACAGCACACAUCGUUACCCACAGAAAAUUUGAACAAGCGAGAAACAACGAACUCUUUGAAAGCGAGAGGCUGAUACCAGAACAUGAAUGA